AUGGAGACUGAUGGAGUGGGAGGAACAAAGAAAACUGAGUUGGAUAUCUACCUAAGUGGGGGAGUAGUUGGAAAUGAAGAGAAUUUUGACAUUCUCAGAUGGUGGAAGCUAAACUCAGAGAGGUUUCCUAUCCUCUCUAGAAUGGCUCGUGAUGUUCUUGCUGUACCAGUCUCCACUGUUGCUUCUGAGUCAGCAUUUAGCACUAGUGGAAGAGUGCUUGAUGAUUUUAGGAGUAGUUUGACUCCUGCACUUGUGGAAGCCCUUAUCUGCACUCAGGAUUGGCUAAAAGAUCCAACUCAACCUGUUUCUGUUGAGGAGUCAUUGGAUGAGUUGGAACAAUUUGAAGAAGGUUUACAAGAACCUGCCAGUGCUAACACUAAUGAAGCUAAUCCUAUAGUUUGUCUUUGUCUUUGCUUGAUUUACUUGCUGAUUGCUUUUUAUGACUUGCUGGAAGCUUGUUUGCUUAUCUGAUGGACUUAUUUGACCUAGUUGCCUUUCUGUCCCAUUUGAAAUACAUGAUAAUGAUAAGUUAGCAUAGACAUUUAAGAGAUAUUGUUCACAUGUUCAAUAUAUUGCUGGCUUUGAUUUGAUUUCUGUCUUUAUGCUUAAUAAUGGCCAUGAUGAUGCUUCCACCAUCCAAGUGUGUAUACAACUGACUAUAUAUGAUGAGGCACUUAACUUGUGCCACCAUUUUAUGGUCUUUGUGUUUGUACUUGACAUAUCUAUAAUCUAAGCCUUUGAAGCAUUUGGCAUUUUGUAUUUCUGAUUCUGAUGUCUCUUAUGUCUUGUGCUAAUUUAUCAUUAAACAUUAGGCUAUGAUGAAAGCUUCCACUUAAGUCUGAAAUUAGUUUGACCAUUAAUUGUGUGACAUACAUUGUUACCUUUUAAGAAGGCUGAACUAUUUUGACUUAAAACAUUUGAAGUCUGAGCCCAUUUUGUUAUUUUUUUACACAAAUGUAUAUGUAAUUACAUUUGCUGAAUUGCAUAUAGAGUGUCUAAUUUUCUUGUUUAAUCUGUUUUGCAGGUUUGACUUGUAAAGAUUUUGUUUGAAGCAGCUUUAUGUAGAGGCAGAUUUUUGAAGCAGCUGUAUGAAGGCUUAUUUUUUGGAAGCUUAUUUUUUGUAAAAGGUUUACAUACCUUACUAAUUUUUUGGGUUAAUUUUUUGUAAAGCCUUAUACCUGUAAUUUUUUUGUAAAGCUAAACACUUAGCAAAUUAAUAUUUGCCCUGCCUUUUAAAUGCAGGCUGUGAUUUUUUGAG